UCUCCCAAAUUGCGUGCUGAGUUGAGCCCAAUUCACAGAACAUUCAUCCUUCUCAGACUCCUCAAAAAGUAUGACCCAGAUCUCUCUCACUGAAUUUUCAGCAUAAAAACGAUAAUUAAUGGAAAACCCAGUUCAAGCAUCUUACAGUAUCAGUUCUCACUCAUAAUUACAACUGGGCCUCAAUUCUCUCUUCGAUUAAUAUGAAGUUCAUCUUUUUAUGGUCUUUCUAUGAAUUAUUAUUUUCUUGAUAGCAUAGAGUUUAAUCUUUGUUUCUUUUGUCAUGUGAUAAAGCUGUUGGCUUGAUUCGGCUGACUCGCCCGAAAAGAUUGUGCUAGGGUUCUAAUUCAGCUCAUCGGGGAAAUGUUUCUGGCUUGGAUUUCUUGACUAAGCAAAUUAGGGUUUAUAUUCAUUUGACCAGUGGAUAAUUGUUUUUUGUUGUCUGGCUAAGCAAACUUCAGGUGUUGACCUCUUUUUUUAGGAGCAAUGUGGGGUUUCAUUCGGUCGAGUAUAAAUCAGGAAAUUGAGGGCCUUGAACAUUAGGGUGGGUAUACAGACAUAAGAAUCCUUUUAUAUUGGGUCUGAGCAAUUUCCGAUGGCAGACGAGACACCAAGUAUAGUGAAUCUUGAUCUCAAUUUGGGACCUCUUGAUAAUUUCAAUAAUCAUAGUGAGUCUGGCUCAGGAUCUUAUCCUCAUGUCCCUAUAAACUUGGAGGAUUGGUUAGAUGGUCCAGUUACUAGGCUUAGGGAAGCUGUCAGGCAGAGGAGUCGACGUUUGCGGUCAUUGUUGAGGCAAGUUCCAAUUCCCCCUGAAACUAGAAACCUUGCCUUGGAAUUAAUUGGCGGGAGUGGUUUGCAGACCGGUGAGGGUAGUGUUGCUGCUGAGGAAAGAUCUGCAGAGGCUGCCAAAAUGUGCGAGAAUGGCAGUGGUUAUUUUGAAGGUGAGGAUCUUCGAAAAAAGGAGGAUGAUGAAAAAUAUAACAGUAAUGGAGGGAGCUUUUUUGACUGCAAUAUAUGCUUGGACUUGGCCAAGGACCCUGUUGUAACCUGCUGCGGUCACUUGUUUUGCUGGCCGUGUCUUUACCGAUGGUUACAUCAUCACUCAGAUGCCAAGGAGUGUCCUGUUUGUAAGGGAGAAGUUACACUUAAGACUGUGACCCCAAUUUAUGGUCGUGCUAACAAUAAAAGGGAGCCAGAGGUGGAUUCUAGUCUGAAGAUUCCUCUCAGGCCCCAAGCACGGCGCAUUGAGAGCUGGAGAGAAACUAUUCAGCGCACUGCAUUCACCAUUCCAAUGGAGGAAAUGAUUCGGCGUCUUGGAAGUACUUUUGAUUUGAGUCGAGAAUUGGUCCAGAUCCAGUCUCAAAAUCCUAAUGGUCAUCGUGAAUCACCUGAGAGAAGUAACUCAUUACUCAAUCGGAUACUGACUUCUAGAGGAAUGCGUAGAGAACGAACUCCAGCAUUGCCACCUGUCAGUGUGGUUGACCUAACGGAAAGCAGCCCAACUAACCCUGAGCUGGCGCAAAACCACCGGUUUUCGUCACUUUUACUUAGUAGGUCAAAUGCUGCUAUCUUAUCCAACCUUACAUCGUCAUUAAACUCUGAUGAAAGUCUAGCUGCUGAAAGGCCUGUUGAAUCUUAUUUCCUUAACAAUGCCUUGGAAAGAAUUCACGAACUGCCUCCACCAGUUGAUGAUAGGGAUUCUGUUUCAAGCAUUGCUGCUGUUAUACACUCAGGGAGUCAAACGAUAGAUAAUGCCGUUGAGAUUGAUUCCAGAGUGUCACUUUCUACUUCAUCUUCGAGAAGAAGAAAUGAUACUUCAAGAAUUUCAGAUGUGGAUAGUGAAGAUUCACGCGCACCUAGGAGGAGAAGACUAAACUGAUACUAGAGCUUAUUUUCUGUCCUCAGAAUAUAAUAUUUCUGAGCUUGUAGGUACAAAUUACCUUUUUCUGGCCAUUUGUACAAUGUAAAAGUUCAACUUUGACACAGUGAUAAUAUCUGCAAACUUUGGAUUCUUGUUCCGUAGAAUUAUCAUCGUCUUUUUGUU